AUGGUUCGCACGUACAGAAGAAAGACUGAUGCCGGAGAAUGGUCUCAAGAAAAAAUGAAAGAGGCUGUAAAUAAAGUCCAGAACAAAGAGUUGACCUUACGUAAGGCUGCUGAGAUUUUUGCAGUACCGUUCACGAGCUUACAGAGAAGAGUUACUUUAUCCAGGGGUAUUAUUAAGCGUCGAGGUGGACAGCCAGCUUUAGAUGAGAACGCAGAAAAGAAGUUAGCUGACCGGCUAUUGCACUUGGCAAGUCGUGGCUUCGGAAUUACACCCAAAGCGGUACGUAAGUACGCGUUUGAAUUUGCAGAACGUCAAAACAUAAAACACAAAUUUGACAGAAAUGCUGGAAUGGCUGGCCAGGACUGGUUUCAUCGCUUCAUGCAAAGAAAUAAAAAAUUAACUAUUCGGAAGCCGGAGGGUCUGUCAAGAGCAAGGUGUGAUGGUAUGAAGAAGGAAAAAGUAGCAGAAUUCUUUAAUACUUUGGAAACAGUAGUAGAUAACAACAAUUUAAGAGGAAAACCUGAAUGUGUAUACAAUGUUGAUGAAACGGGUAUGCCGCUUAGUAACCGCCCACCCAACAUUUUAGCCCAAAAAGUUGCUAAAGAUGUUGUCAGCAUGACUAGUGUUGAACGAGGUGAAAAUGUAACCGUUCUAGCCUGUAUGAAUGCAGCAGGACAGUACAUACCUCCAUUUGUUCUAUUCAAAGGUGUGCGUAAACGUGACGAUUUUCUCCUAGGUAUGCCACCUGGUACUGAAGUUGCCAUGACAGAAAACGGCUGGGUAGCCGAAGAAGCUUUUAAGUUGUGGCUGCAACAUUUCAAUCGCUACCGGACCCCAGGAAAAGUAGUUCUAAUUUUGGAUGGGCAUGCGUCUCAUACCAGCUACUCAGUGGUAGACUUGUGUGACUCUUUCGAAAUUGAACUUGUACUUCUUCCUCCACACACAUCACAUGCCCUGCAACCGCUCGAUGUAUCGUUUUUCUAA